UUUAUUAUGAUGCUUGGCAGUGUUAUUGAUCACCACGGCGCAUCAUUCACGUGUUUCGUAAUUACAGUGCUGACAUCACUUCUCAAAGUACUUCUGUUCCAGUGUUACAAAUCAACUGAUUUUGAAGUGCACAGAAACUGGCUGGCAAUAACGUACACGUAUUCUUAUGAGCCGCAGAUGUGGUACUAUAGUAAUGUGUCGCAAUGGACUCUUGACUACCCGCCUGCCUUUGCAUAUUUCGAGUGGGUCCUGGCAAGAUUUGCCAAAUUUGCCGACCCCGAAAUGCUGAACAUCAACAACUUGGAUUACGAUUCCUGGAAUACAAUCGUCUUCCAGCGAACUUCAGUCGUUCUUUGUGACCUAUUCUUAGCCAUAUUCUCUUACCUUCUCUCAACACAGCUGUUCUAUGGUAACAAAACCCAAAUAGUAUCUUUAUUCGCUGCUAUUUUCACUUUUCCUGGUCUCAUUUUAAUUGAUAAUAUUCACUUCCAAUACAAUGCAUUCCUAUUCGCCUUUCAGAUUUUGUCUAUAUACUUCAUCGUGAAAGAGAAUUAUAUCAAAAGUGGCAUAACGUUCGCAAUACUGCUCAAUUUGAAACAUAUAUACCUCUAUAUAUCACCUGUUUAUUUCAUUUUCUUGCUGAAAAUUUACUGCUUCUCAAAAAGUUUCGAAACUAAGGAAGUCAGAUUUCAUUUUCAAAAUUUCGUAAAAUUGGGAAUAUCAGUUGUAACAGUUUUUGUGGUUUGCUUUGCGCCAUUUAUUUAUCACUUACCUCAAGUGUUAUCUCGUUUAUUUCCUUUCAAACGUGGACUUACACAUGCUUAUUGGGCGCCCAAUAUUUGGGCUAUUUACAAUGCAAUUGAUGUUGUCUUGGCAAAAUUAACGGGCAUUAAAGAGAAGAGUGGCUUUACGUCAGGACUUGUAGAUGAUCACAAACAUCUAAUUCUGCCUCAAAUAACACCUGGAAUUACUUUAUUUCUAUCCGGAUUGUCAGCUUUUCUUAUUUGCUGGCUAGCUUGGAAUAGAUUAUUAUUUAGAAUAACGACCGAUAAUCCGGAAGCAGAAAAAGAAGCAUCCAAAGAUGCUGGUAAAAUCCAUGAAGUAAACCAUUCUAUUUUCAUUUGUUUCACAACAUUAAUAGCAUUUUGCUCUUUUUUAUUUGGAUGGCAUGUUCAUGAGAAAGCAAUUCUGCUAGUGUUGGUCCCAUUUACAAUCUUGGUAUACAUAGUUAACUGCAACCCGGUUUGGUACGAUAAAACUAGCAGCAAAUUAAAAAGCUUUUCAAUGUUGAGAGAGCUAAAUUUAUCGUAUAUGGUCUGUCUAAUUGCAGGUAUCUUCUCAUUGUUUCCGUUACUUGAAAAUUAUUUCGAAAUACCGAUAAAAUUUUUCACUCUCGUUUUGUAUUUACAAGUUUUUCUUCCUCUAUUGUAUUCGCCCAUCAAGUCAUGGUACAAAAGUGUUUGUUCCGUGUUUGUUGUUGUUUACAUUUCAUUGUUUAUCCCUUUGUUUAUUUAUGUCGACGUAUGGACCAAAGUUUUUAUUGAUUCAAAAUUUGCUCCUCUCAUGAUGACUAGUUUGACAUGUUCAAUUGGAUUAAUUGGGUCUUUUUUGAUGCUUCUGAAAUUGUUUUAUUCCAAUCAAUUGAUCAAAAACUUGAUAACUUCUAAAGAGAAAACACAAUAACGUUAAUUAAACUAUACUUC